AGCCUACAACUAUGAGACAACAGGAAGGAAGCUGUCUUGCAGCCUGAAUAACAAAAAUCCAUGUAACUACCGAGAAUGUGCUGACCUGCACUUGCUUUGGAAAUUGAACGGAAACGUAAUCAUCAAGCCUAAGUCAAAUGUUAACUUGAACAAACAUGCUACCCUGUGUUUGCAUCUGAUUUCGACGACCUUUGAUUUGAACAACACGGCUGCCCUAACAGAAUCCACGUUUACGCGUGCAAGUGGGACAUCCUAUGGCACAAGCCCUACCUUCCCAAUAGCAUAACUAUAAUCUAAAUUAGUUUUUGCAUAUUUACAUGAUAUGCCGUCAUUAAAGUUUUGUGCAAAUCUUUCGUGGCUGUUCACUGACUUGCCAGAAUUCACACAGCGGCUCCACGCUGCUGCAGCCUCUGGGUUUCGUGCAGUGGAAGCAGCUUGGUUGUACGAGUCGGACCUAAAGGAGCUACAAAAAGCAAAGGAACAGACAGGGCUUGAAGUUGUACUUAUAAAUACUCCCCCUGGUGAUGUGAAAAAUGGUGAGCUGGGACUUGGUGCAGUCCCUGGCAGAGAGACAGACUUCAGACGUGGUUUGGAUCUGGCCGUGAUGUACGCAAAGGCUCUGGACUGCAGGAGGAUCCACUUGAUGGCUGGAAGGGUACCUGUGGGGGUGGAUCGAGCUACUGUUGCCAUGGAGAUGGAGGCCACCUUUGUUGAAAACCUGAAGCAUGCUGCUCAUGUCCUGUCAAAGGAAGGGAUUCUUGGUUUGAUUGAGCCCAUAAAUACCAGGAUAACAGAUCCCCGAUAUUACCUGGACACCCCACACCAGGCUGCAGCGAUUGUGCAGAAAGUCGACCAAUCAAACAUCAUGUUACAGAUGGACGUGUUCCACUGGCAGAUAAUGGAUGGGAACCUGACGCAGAACAUCCAGAAGUAUUUCCCUCUCAUAGGUCACGUGCAGAUCGCGCAGGUUCCAGGACGGAAUGAGCCGGACAGCCCCGGUGAAGUGAACUAUCCUUAUCUCUUCAGCCUGCUGGAGAAGCUAGGAUACCAGGGAUACAUCGGCUGCGAAUACAAACCCCUGGGUACCACAGAUGCUGGUUUAGGUUGGGUGAGAGAGUACUGGAAGAGCCACAGAUGAAGGGAACUGGGACUGCCUCUUCUGAUCUCUGAGGACUAAGAGAGCCAUCAGCAUAAUUCGGUUUGGAGAUAAAUAAUAACAGAAAAAUCCACUUCAAAUAGUAACUGAUAAUGAAUCCUAAUGAGCCCGUGUAGUCCGCUGAUUCAUGCUUUGGACGUUAACUUGAUUUGAAUGUAAGGAAAAUGCUAAUCCGCAUCUUUGGUUAAACCGAGGGAAGAGAAUUGGCUUGGAGGAGGUCUUGAUCUUAUAAAAAAAAGAAAAAGCUUCAAAUUAUCAGUGUGAUUUUUGUCAAAUUUCUUUUAAAAUGGCCUUCCAGCUCAUUGCGAUCGAAAAGAUGCAAAAACAGGCAGCGGUCAUUCAAACGGAGAUUCAGCCAUAUAACAGAAAAUGAAAAGCCAGACGUGGACUGAGAUUUAAUGGAAGUGGAUUUAACAGGACCGUGUGAUGUCCGUGUGCCAACAGCGCAUUGGUUGGUGAGGGCUGAUGCAACAGACGCACCACAGAACUAUGGCCCCUGGCUGCCUUUUCCAUCAAGGCCUCGUAAACAGCCAGGAACAUCUGAACCCCACCCAGUACUAGCUGAAGCCAUUUAAAGUUCUGUCGUACUCUCUUGUAAAACAAGAUAACAUAUUUCAAUUGCUUCCUGUCAAACAGAAUAAAAUGCGCCUAAAGGUU